AUGGAAUAUACUGGUUAUGAAGAAGAAAUAAAAGAAGCCAUUCAAGUAAACAAGAUACCUUGUUUUGCAUGUGGCGAGCAGGGAGAGAUAAGAACAGUGAGGAUUACUGCAGUCGAGCCACAUGAAGUUGUUUGUGUAUUUGCUUGUGAUGCAUGUGGGCAAAAAACCGUGGAUGUUUUAGGCGAUGGAUGCAAUGCAGUCGGAAGUGUGUGUAUAGAAUGCGAGUUUGAUGAUAAAAGCGACCUUUCCAGGGAAAUGAACCUAACUGCAAUGACAUCAGUCGAAAUAAUCUCAGAAGAAUUUUCUUACACCUAUGAAAGUAAUACGCCUUCAACAUGCAUAGUUGAAUCUAUCCUUGUAAAAGCAGAAGAUCAACUAAAGAAUGCAUGUGGGGAAGGAGACUACUCCACUGGAUUUGGUUCAUCAAUGUUUGUUGAUGUCCAGGCAAGCCAUGAAGAAUGCAAGAAGAAACUUGAGUAUGUUAGACAACUUAUAUCAAGUGAGACUCCGAAAUUCAAGAUGAUCAUACGAGACAGUACAGGUGUUUCAAGAAUUGCAUCGGUUGGAAAGAAAGCUGUACAGGAUGUAUCAUUGGCGUUGGAUACGAACGAUUCAAAAUUAAAUUACACCUUCAAGAGCUAUUCAGAAGAAGAGUGA